CAUUAUCGGUUUGGCAAAACAAAUUGAGUUUAAAACAAUAGUUAUUGUCGGUUCUUGGAUACAUUUAUUAGGCUAUAUUAAAAAUGAUAUAUUUUAAAAUUUAUUAAUUCUUUAAAUGUGAGUUUCUCUUGGAUGCAUUGAAGAUAGAUAUAUGUGCUUUUUGAAAAACUGAAUAGAAAUUAGCAAAAAAAACAUGACUACACCGGAAGUUAUGACAUCGACGGAAGUUGAAAAUGUUACAAAAUCAGGAUUUGAUGAAGAUGGGUGGAACUUGUAUCCAUUAGCAAGGGAAUGUUAUUAUAUUGGUCUUGGUAUGCAAUGGCUAAACGUUGUCCUUAUAUUAUCCUUGAAUACAGCUGUUAUAGUUACAAUACUUCGAUACAAGAAGAAGUCUCGACUUUACUUUCUUCUCAUGCAUAUGGCAAUUGCAGAUUUAACAACAGGUAUAACGGACGCCUUAGUUAACGCCUUAGAACGAUCAUUAGGAGCAGAAUAUCUAAUGUACUGGUGGUUUGCUGGGGAUGUUGUAUGCAGAAUUCAACGAACACUGAGUAAUACAUCUUUGCUUGCAUCUAACCUUAUCCUUGCUGCAACUAGUGUGGAUAGGGCUCUAGUUGUUGCUAAACCAAUGCUCAACUUUAAAAGAGGAAAUACCUUGCAGAAGAUUCUUAUUAUUUGUUGUUGGUCAUUAAGUGCAGCUAUUUGUAGCCCAUUGCUUAAAAUAUACCAUCAAGAAAUAAAGGACCCGUACUUUAUUGAAGGAAAGCAAAGUGUUCCAACGUGCACUGAAGGCUUCAAAGGAGACGAAUGGAAGGUAUUUUACGUCUUAUAUUUGAUAUUCUUAGUCCUGAUACCGUUGUCUGUUAUCAUCAUGAGUUAUUCAAUACUAAUCUACGCUAUCUAUAAGCGAGCAAGAUCCCCACCAAACAGUAUUCAUGGGGUUGACAAUAUGAGAAUAAGUUUAGUAUUCAACAGAGGACUCCCAAGUUCAAAACGACGGAGCAUAAAGUUGACAUUUGGUAUAGUUCUAGGUUUCAUCGGUGCCUGGUCUCCAUUUUUCAUCAUACUGUACAUGAAUAUAUUUCAUAACUUCAGUAAUCCAAUUGUUAUGCUGUUCAUACCAGCGUAUUUCUGGAACUGUAUCGUGAACCCGAUAGCUUUCUUUAUAUUCCAUAGACGAAGAGGAUCAAAUACAGCGUGUAGUGUAUAAUUCUAGUGAUGCGGUUUUAAGACGAUUUGCAGACUCAGCAAAUUCUUCAAGGAAGUACGCCUAUCAGAGAUAUAGAGAAAAC